AUGGAAAAAAAUUCUAGAUAUGGUAUCACUGGACCAUUGUCACUACAAGAAAGUACUUUAAAAGAAAAACAAUGUAGUGAAGAGAUGGAUAAAUUUAUACAAGAUUGUGGAUUUUUUGAGGAUGAAUCAGAAGGUCAGACACGUGAACGUGUUUUAGGAAAAUUAAAUUCUUUACUGAAACAAUUUGUACAGAAGACAUCAGAAAAUAAAAAUAUUUAUUUGAAUGAUAAAAAUAAUAAUAACGGUAAAAUAUUUACUUUUGGUAGUUACAGACUUGGAGUGCACAGUAAAGGUGCAGAUAUUGAUGUCUUAUGUGUAGUACCAAAGCACAUUACCAGAAAAGAUUUUUUUACAGAUUUUUUUGAACUUUUAUCACAAGACUCAGAUGUAAAAGAAAUUACAAAAAUAGAAGAAGCUUAUGUACCACUUAUUAAAUUAAUUAUACAAGGUAUACCUAUAGAUCUUACAUUUGCUAGAUUGAACAUAGGAAUAGUAAAUGAUAAUGUUAAUUUAUUAAAUAACACAUAUUUAAAAAAUAUGGAUGAUAAAUGUGUGUUAAGUAUUAAUGGAAGUAGAGUGACAGAUGAAAUAUUAAAUCUAAUUCCUAAUGUUAAGACAUUUCAUUCAGCUUUGCGAUGUAUUAAAUAUUGGGCCAAGCGAAGAUGCAUUUAUGGAAAUUCGUAUGGUUAUUAUGGGGGUGUAGCUUUUUCUAUUUCUGUGGGUAGAAUCUGUCAACUAUUUCCAAAUGCUUCUUCUUACACUAUUGUUAGUAAAUUUUUUGAAUUAUAUUCCUUCUGGAAGUGGCCAUCUCCUGUCUUGUUAAAACCUGUUAUUGAUUUAAGUUAUAAUAUGAAAGUUUGGGAUCCUAAGUUGUAUCCGGCAGAUAAAUAUCAUAAAAUGCCUGUUAUAACACCUGCUUAUCCUUCUAUAUGUUCAACACAUAACAUAAUUGCUAGCACACAGCAACUUAUUAUUAAUGAGUUUACUAGAGGACAUGAAAUAUUUUGUAAUGAAAAAGGAACAACAAAAGAUAUUUUAAAAAAGCUGUGUAGUCUAUCAGAUUUUUUUUAUAAAUAUAAAUCUUAUAUACAAAUUAACGCUAUAUCACAAGAUGAAACAAAUCAUAAAUUGUGGUUGGGAUUUGUAGAAUCUAAAAUUCGUAUUUUGGCUCUUAAAAUUGAAUCUCUCGAUGAUGUUUUGUAUGCUGUUCCUUUUCCUAGAUCUUUUAAUAUAACUAAAGAAAAAUUAUCUUUUUUUACUUUUAAAACUAAACAUAUUAAAAUUUGUACUUCUUUUUUUAUUGGACUAGAAUGUCCUAGUACUAAAGCUAAAAAAGUCUUUAUUGAUCAUCCAAUAAAAGAAUUUAUAGAGUUUAUUAAUAAUUAUGACAAAAAAGAUGAAAAUAUGAAAUUAGAAAUAAAUAGCAUGAAGAAGAGAGACGUUCAUGCAUUUUUUUCCGUAAUAUAUAAAUAA